AUGUUUUCCGACGAAGAAAUAAAAGAUAGCGGCCUCGCCAGACCCGACGAUGAGCUUAUAAGUAUUCAGGAAGUGUGCUUGGUUGACAAGUAUGAUAAGAAAGACUUUGGCUUUAACAGUGAACCGAUGCUGUUUAACUCGGGCCGUAGUAAUUUGGAUGUACUUCGUUACUUUCGUGACGGCUUCCUCGAAAGCCUGGAGCAACAGCAAGCGAAAUUCGCGUGGACAGAGGAGGACGGCAAUAUCGCCUCUCUCGUUUCGUCACCAGCUUUUGGCACCGGGUCCACGUUUAGUAAAGAACUUGAUGCGCUUUCUUGUGAAUUGAAGGAAGCUGAUACGUCUUCUAAUCACGAAGGAGAUAAGAAAAACAACGGACUCGUUUUCGCAACAAAACCUGCUGACGGAAAUGCUGUUUCGUCUACAUCUGGCGGUGGAACAAGCAACGAUCAACCAAAAGACAAGAAUACUUGUAAAAUCGAUAAAGAAGACCCUAGAUCGAGAUUGCAUUUUGUUAAGUACAUCAAGAGGCAUGGACGAGCUAUUAAGCUGUGGGAAUGCGGAAUAUGUAGUCGUGAAUUCCAACACCAAUACACCCUUAUGCGUCACCUACCCACGCACACAGACGAACGCAACUACCACUGCAGCGAAUGCUCCAAGAGUUUUCGCCAAUUGUCCACGCUGAGUCAACACCGGGCCAUACAUUCAGCUGAACGGCCAUAUUCUUGUGAGGUAUGCAAGAAGACAUUUAACCGCGUCUCGACGCUGAUCUCCCACCGCAAGAUCCAUUCCGACGAGAAGCCCUACCGCUGCCACAUCUGUCCCAAGGGCUUCCAUCAGAAAGGUUCCCAUCCCUGUACUCCAUACGACUCCAUCCUUCACGUUCACAGCUUUACUCCUAAUAGUGACGAGCCGAAAGUGGCGCAUCCCGAAUGCGGACCGUUUAAGGAAACUAUAUGCAUUGAAAGUGUCAGCGUACCUACCACUUCGGAACCCGUGGAAACUUUGGCACCCAAUCAAGCCAGACCACCCUCCGAUCAAUGCGAAGUGACUUCCACAAUGGGUCCAUACAUGCCACCUGAAAUAUCCACCAAGCAACACUGGGAAACAAAGCCGAAUGUCACUGAUAGCCUGUGGGGUGGUGGGGUCAUAGUGGAUCCCAUCAAGACUUACCACAUGGGCGUUGCCAUGGCAACCAGGCAGACGCCGUUUGCACUUUUGCAGUCCGAUAGUGGUAUUCCGGUACUGGUUAAGGUGGUCGAUACUGAGCUUCCUGGAGGGAAGCAGAUGCUGGUACCGGCGACGGCAGAAGACUUAAGGGUCGGGGGUAAAAUUGUCAUGAAAAAAGAAACCGUGGCUUUGAAGGAUAAUCCAAACAUAGAAACAGUGCCAAAGGAAAGCGCCGUACAGAUUCGUGUUCCGGUGGUAGCGACUGUAGUGCCGAAGAUUGAGCCUGGCGGUGGACUGCAUCUGGCUGUUGAAGAGCCUCAUCAUGCGUAUCAUAGCGCACUUGCUCCUGAUAGUCCAAUAAUGUCUUACUCGCUCUUACCGCCGGCGCCAUCCCCGCCUCUAGACUUCAUCCCUCUCGACCUUUUUGAACCGAUGGAGUGCAUGCCAAUGGGGCCACAAAUAACAGCUGUCAACGACGAUCAACCAUCGACAGACGACUCUGAUAUUUUUAUCACUAAGUUUGAGAUGCCUGAUACCAUCCAUCUCUCGGACUCAGAAUGA